AUGCUCAUUAGGACUGGAAGGGAUCUCCUUAACCGCCAUAGCCGACUCACACAUAACCCCAGUGGUCCCCAGCCCCCCGACAUAAGAAAGGCACCACAGUCACAGCCAUCGUGGCCAACAUUGCCAGUAGCACCACAGCAUGUUGGUGCGAGUGAUUUCCGGCUCAAUGGCGACGGUUUAGGGCUGAACUUCGUCCCAUCACCAGUCGCAGCCGGUGGUACGCUGUCUGACCAUCAAGCCGCUUCGAAUUUCAACUUUCUCGGCUUUGAGCCAUCUUUAGAAUCCAUUCCAAGUGAUUUCACAGCUUUCAUGGAUAGUGUCCCGAUCCCGAGCAACCCCUAUUCGCCCUCACUUCAACCAAUUCCUGCCUUUUCACCCGGGUUUGAGGUACAAAUGUCGGCACCCAGCAAGGAGUACGAUGUCAGACAGGGCCUGGUAGACGAGCAAGUGUCUGAACAAAUGACCGAGAACCUGGCCUUGUCGUCGCCAUUUAGCUCUCGCCUUCCAUCACUACAGCCGGAGGAACUGUCGAUUCAAAGGCCGCGAAGCACCUGCAGACCGAACAGUCAGUUUUUAGUCUCAGCCAAGUGCCGUGAGCACUUUCUGAGAGAGUUAGCUAGGCUUUCCGGCACAGUACCUGGUGACUUUAUCCUACCUUCCCGGCAUACUCUGUCUAGGCUGGUUAUCGUCUAUUUCAGCGCCUUCCACGAGCACCACCCUUUCCUGCAUGUACCAACCCUCAACUUGCAUUGCAUCAACCUGGAGCUGUUUCUCGCUAUCAUUGCACUUGGUGCCCGGUAUGCGCGGGAGCUGGAUAUAGGCGUAAAGCUGUUCCGCGUCGCAAAGGCCGUGGUGAUGGAGCGGAUACAGCGGCCGCGAGGGAAAGGGCCCAACGACUCUACUAAUAAUACAAGGUGUGACGACGGGGGGCUAGAUACUCACGCUGACGACCGCACAAGGCCCUUUGAAACGGUGCAGGCCUUGGUGCUCCUUAUAGCGAUAGCGAGCUGGUUCCACCGCAGCCCUGAUACAUAUGAAGCUUUAUCCCUGCGCGGGGUGGUCGACUCUCUCAUCCGACAAGGUGGGUUGGAGUGCCCGCCCAGCCACGAGCCACAAAGCUGGCAAAGCUGGGUUCAAAUGGAGAUGUUGAAACGAACGAAGCUGGUGGCGUUCUGCUUCUUCAACAUUCACACCAUUGCAUUCGACCUGCCGCCGCUCAUCUUCUCGAGCGAACUGGAUGUAUAUCUGCCUUUUCCAGAGCAGCAGUGGAAGGCCGAGAACAAGAAAGCCUGGCAAAAGGCCCUCGAUUCGGCGGACCCUCCAGAGCCUUUCCAGGCCACAUUGGAGAAGCUCUUUGACGACCCAAGACCUUCAGGGAGAGGACCAUGGGAUAACGCGAUCUCGAGCUUCUCGCCCCUAGGGGGCUUCUCACUUAUACACGCCAUCAUACAGCGUAUAUGGCUGGUGCACAACUCUCGGUUUCCGGGUGCACGGGGCCGGAGAGAGGGCCUCUCCAACGAGGAAAUGAGUGUGUUCGAACGAGCUCUUAAAGGCUGGUCUUUAUGUUGGGAGCAUGGCCCGGAGAGGUCCAUCGAUCCGAUGAGCCCGCACGGCCCACUGUCGUUUACAUCAACUGCUCUGCUUCGCCUGGCGUAUAUCCGCAUCAACUUGGAUCUGGGACCCACACGAUCCCUGACAACGUGGAAUCCCAGCUUAGUUGCUAAAUCGCUCGAUGGGAGCCCUGGGGUCGAACGCACCGAGAAGCUCACUCGCGCUGUAUUGCACUGUGCUCACGCCCUGAGUAUCCCCGUGAAACUGGGGACCAGGUUUGUUGCAAGAAAUCAGGUUAUAUACUGGUCUAACCAGCAUGCUUUGUGCUCGCUGGAGUGUGCGGUUCUUCUAGCUAAAUGGUUGGAGGUUGUCACAGUGCCUUGUCCAUCGCCGCCCCUCAGGCCUACCGAGUGGAGGGUGCUGCACUUCCUGGCGCAGCUCGUGGCAGAGGGGGAGUACGGUAGGACUCCUGAGCAGAUAUUGGCCAGGAGGGAGUUGAUGAGCGCCGCCUUGGUCAGAAUGUGGGGGACCCUCUACAACUGUGACAGCGUUUGGGAGAUGGUGACUUUGAUCGGCCAGUCUCUGUUUGAGUAUGCGGCUUUACUAGAGUCGCAUCAUAGCUACUCAUCUACGUAA